CGUCAAUCCCCGGCGGGCGGUGGAAGAGUGGAGGGAAGCCGACCCUGCCCGGUCAAGUUCGGUUGAGGCGGCGGUGGCGGCCUUGAGGAGAAAGUUUGAGGAAGGAUCGAGAAUCGGCGGCGGAGCACAACAAUGGCAGCCAUCCGUAAGAAGCUGGUGAUUGUCGGGGAUGGAGCUUGCGGCAAGACCUGCCUCCUGAUUGUCUUCAGCAAGGACCAGUUCCCGGAGGUCUACGUACCGACCGUCUUCGAGAACUACGUGGCAGACAUCGAAGUGGACGGGAAGCAGGUGGAACUGGCGCUCUGGGACACAGCUGGCCAAGAAGAUUACGACCGUUUGCGGCCUCUCUCCUACCCCGACACUGAUGUUAUUUUGAUGUGUUUUUCCAUCGACAGCCCCGACAGUUUGGAGAACAUCCCCGAGAAGUGGACUCCGGAAGUGAAGCACUUCUGCCCCAACAUCCCCAUCAUCCUGGUAGGCAACAAGAAGGACCUGAGGGGUGACGAGCACACGCGGAGGGAGCUGGCCAAGAUGAAGCAGGAGCCCGUGAAGCCGGACGACGCGAAGGAGAUGGGGAGCCGCAUCAACGCCUUCGGCUACCUGGAGUGCUCGGCCAAGACGAAAGAGGGGGUCCGCGAGGUCUUCGAGCUGGCCACCCGCGCCGCCCUGCAAGCCAAGAAGGCCAAAAACAAGAGCCCGUGCCUGCUUCUGUAAGGUGCCUGCAGGAAAAAGAGUGAUCUACCAGCAUCCUACACCUCCCCCCCCACCUCUCUCUCUCUGUCUCUGGAUUUUAGUUACCUACGCUGGUGUGAGGCUUGUCGUUCUUUACGUUAGUGUCCCGCCUCCCACCGAAUUUGUGAAGGAAAAAUUAUUUUUUUAAAGCUCCUUUUUGCUUGAGUUGCUUGGUUUUCUGGCAGUUCCCCCCCCCCCACUCCCUUUCCCUAGGUCGCCAAACCUCCCCCCACCAUCGCCAGCUUGUGGUGGCUGGGCAGGGCUCUGACCUUUUUCCCUGCAGCCCCCAGUACAGCCCGGGCCAGGGAUCGAGCCGCCCCUCUUGAGCUUGGACGCUGGCGGUCGCGAUUUGGCCUCCUCUCGAGUCCCGCUCACUCGAGAACCUCGAGUGCAGAAAACCAGUGGUGCCUCCCGACCGCCCCUGCUGUGUAAACUGGGCCUGUGCUGAGCCAGAGCAGAUGGGUGUGGGUGGAUAUCCUCUUGGGGUCCUCUGGGGUUCUCCGCAGACGGACCCUCUGGACUGUUGGCAGAUUCCCCACCGUUCUGAGCUGCUGCGGGUCCCAACCAGGGUGGUGCUGUGUGCCAGAUGCCGCAGAGUGCCUCACCCAAGUGCCCGUCUUCUCUCGCCUUUCGGUUGAAGCUCCGGGAGUGGGGGGGGUGGGUCCCAUUGACCACCCCUGCCUCCGCACCCCUCGAACCGGGGACCUUCUCUCCUCGGGUGGAACGCUUGUCCUCCCCGGAGCAAUGCACCUCAUUAAUGGACUGGCGGGGAGUUUAAGGAGUGCGUCUGGCUCCCCCCUCCCCUACCACCUUUGCACCCCUCUCUCGCUUCACUGAUCCAGGUAGAGGGUAUAGCUCGCAAAGACAGGACCCUAUAACCGUACCUGGGCCACGCCAUUGUGGCAAAUGGUGGCAGGGUGGUUGGCGUACAAACGGCAGAACAGGAGAGAAUUCAGCCCCCAAUGCCUGACCUGUGCCUCUGACCCCUGCCACUUCAUAUAAUCUUAUCAGAUCCUGCCUUAACAAUCGCAGUUGGCCCUCCCUGAUCUGCUCCAGCGACCUCAGAUUGUUUGGGGAAGGGUAUUAAAUUCGUGCUGUCGCUGUGCUGGGAUUGCAGAGGGAGCUUCACCCUGUGUCUGACCCCGGGAGUGUGUGACGGGACGGUGCGGAGGGAGCCUCGCCCUGCGUCUGACCCCGGGAGUGUGUGAUGGGACGGUGCGGAGGGAGCCUCGCCCUGCGUCUGACCUUUACUGCAGCAAAUGGGACAGGCAGAAAGAAGAGAAUUGCAAAUAUCUUGGGGUUGGGGGGAGGAAUUGAAUUGCGGAUCUUUGGAAUCCUUGGGAGGCCAGUUCUGGGACAGGUUUUUUUUGUCCCGGGGAAGUACACCCUGUUCUUCCAGACCGGAAUCCCUGCCAGAUUGUACAGAGCUGGGAGAGAGGGGCUGGUUCUAAUUGCCACCUGCAAAGUUUUAAAACUUUUCAACUUCUCUACAUCAAAGUUUCCCCCUGCCCCAAAAGCAAAACUUUUUGUGCAUGUUCUGUGGGAACCCAGUGUCUUUUGGGGCCUUUUGGAUUCCUGUGUGUGUGUGUGUGUGUGUGUAGCUGGAGCAUUUGACUUUAAAUGUUUACUCACAGUAUUAGUUGCUUACUUCUCUGGUUUAUUCCCUCCCUCGAGGGCAGUGGCGACACUCGCACCCUCGCUCUCCGGGGGCUCAGUCAGUAGCUCUUCCCAACCCCCCCCCCCCUCACUUUCCGCCUGCCCGGAAUCACCGCCCGCCACUGGGGCGAUGCUUCCCGCUCCGGCACCGUGCCCGCUCAUGGGAAGUCAAUGCAGGUCUCUAUGUGUGAUGGCGGAUUGGCGCUUCCCCACCCACCUGCAUCUAGUUCACACAAAGGAGGCGGACCCCUUUGCCUUGCGUCUCGCUCUCGACCACCAGCAACUCGGUGUACCAGUCCAAGGAGAGCUACCUGUCUCCUAUUCCAAUGUUUAUACUCUCAGCCAGUUGUUACUAAACUGUAAUUUAUUCACUUAAUAAAAAAAAAAUCAUUUGGAAUAUCUUUGUAAAUUUCAGAAGGAGAAAUGUGUGUGCAUUUGUAUUAUUACGGAAAUGAAAGAGUUGACAAUAUAAUAAAAGAAAAAGGUCAGAUUAUAAAA